ACAACCAAGCUAGCUGGAAAUUUACGAAGGACAAGAAGAAGUCGGAGGAUCAAACUCCAUGGGAGCGGGGAUGAAGCGCGCGAGGGACAAGGAGGUAUUGUCGCUCGCGCUGGCGCUGACCACGGACUCACCGACGCCGUCCACGACGUCAGCGGACUCAGCCGGGUCACCGGCCAAGAAAUCACGGCGACGCGCGAGGGGCGCCGUGGUGGCCACAUCGGGUGAGGGGGAGUUCGUGUGCAAGACGUGCGGCCGUGCCUUCGUGUCGUUCCGGGCGCUAGGCGGGCACCGGACGAGCCACCUUCGGGGCCGCCAUGAGCUGGAGCUCGGUGUCGGCAUCGCCAGGGCCAUCAGAGAACGGAGAAGACGGGAGAACAAGCAGCACGAGUGCAGCAUCUGCGGCAUGGGGUUCGAGACGGGCCAGGCGCUCGGGGGACACAUGAGGCGUCACCGCGAGGAGAUGGCACUGCGCGGCCGCAUCGACGACGACCAGUGGGUGUGGCGCGGCGUCGCGCUACUGCCGGGUCAGGUGGUGACGGGGCACCAGGCCAGUGCCAACCAGCCACCCGUCUUGCUUAAGCUGUUCGUCUAG